AUGGCCCUACAAUGUUCGUUUUUCUUCAUUCCUUGCAUGCUGCUUCUCUCGUCCCUGGUCGCCGCCAGAGCAGCCACAAUCACCGACGGAGAAAUACUUUCUUCCAUGAUCGGAGUUCAAGGUCUCAUAUACUGUAAACAAGGAUCCAAGCUUACCCCUCUCCAAGGUGCGGUGGCGAGGGUGACAUGCGAGACGGCGGACGAAUACGGUUACGAGGGAGAGGACGUGACGGUGCUUAGCCAAGCGACGGAUGCUAAGGGUUAUUUCCUGGCGACGCUUUCUCCAUCGGAGGUGAAGGGGUUGAAGAAGAAGGUAAUCAAGAUUAAAGAGUGCAGAGCGUUUCUUGAGCUUUCUCCAGCUGAUACCUGUUCUUAUCCGACUGAGAUCAACCGUGGAAUCAGCGGAGCCAUUCUCCAGACAUAUCGUCUCUUAGAAAACAAGCUUAAGAUGAAGCUCUUCACCGUUGGCCCUUUCGUGUUCUCACCUGAGGAAACUCAGGACAAGUCUAUCCCCGAUGGUUACUAAAUAUGAUUUAACGAUCCUUUUUCUAUACAUGCCUUAUACGGGCGUCAGUGGGACACAUAAUUUUGUGAUCCCACAAUUGUCAAACGUUGUUUUCUUUCUUGUUUAACAUCCAUCACUUGCUUCCUUGUUUUGAAAUCGGCAGUAUCGAGUGGUUAUAAUGAAUUUUCAAAUACAAAUUCUUACAUAUACAUAUAUUGAUUUUCUCAGCAACACCUUGCUAACAAAUUGAUGAAUAUAUUAGCAAAGGUUUUACCACACAAAACAAAAAGAGAAUUAUGAGAAACAUAUAACCUCUCAAAACAUUUUCAUCCAUGGUAUGAAAAUAAAGUUUCUGAAACUAUUGGAUGGAAAUUUAAGAUUCCGAAAACCCUAUAUAUCUAUUACUUUUUUUUAAUAGUCACCAUCUAUUCGCUUUUUGAGAACAUUUUCAUACCAAUGGAUGUAGUUGCUCUGAUUAGAAGCAGCUAGUACAAGUACUUGUAUUGUGAUUUUUUUCGUUUAGAAUCUGCUUAUACUGUUUGUACAGACAUAGAUACCUCUUUUAAUGUGUUUUUGAAUAGGCAAUACAUAUAUGAUAUAUCCAACUAUAUAUUACACUUAGGGAAAAUGCUUGAUGUACUUGUAUUGACCUUAUUUCAAAGUAGCCAGCAUUCCGGCGGAAAAGUGUAUUCAUUGUCAAAUAAUGCAAGAAGAAGGCACAUGCCUAAUCCGCGUAAUUCGACCAACUAGCACUGCUAGUGGAUUUUGCUUAAGUAAAUACAAUAUACUAACCGAAAACUAUACUUCAUAUAAAUGAUCUUCAACUCGAUUACGAAAGUCGUUUACAUAUAUCUUAGUUACGCAAACACUUUGGCAUUGCAUGAAAUUCUUCACGCGUUGUAUGAGAAUAACGUCGCGGUUUCAAGACUUUCUUUAUUCAAAGAGAGAGAGAGAGAGAAGUGACUUGGGACCCCAAACUUUUUUUUGGGUGUAAAUGGGAUCCCAAACUUGAGAAUUGAGACACGAUUAAAUUUACUAAUAAGUCAACGUCAAUGUCCUAUCAAAUUUAUUUUCAUUCUAUUUCGUUUUGGACUUACGAUUUAUCCAUACGAAAAAACUCUUACUUUUAUUUUUAAUGUUAAUUUGAAGGUAUCCGCCUAAAGGGGAUUAUAGAAUGACCUAAACUAACUCCAAAUGGAGGUGCACCCUAUAGAUAAACCUUCUCUCGCAUAUUCAAAUAAACCGUAAACAAUGGAUCUAUAUAUUCAUGGUCACACGUGUAGCUAAUAAUUUUGUAAUAAAGGAGAAUCUGUCUCUUGCCUAGAUCAACUUGACAAUUCAUUUUCUAGUGAAAACUAAUAGACCAUCACGAUGUAGUUAACAAAAAAUUUAAAAAUUAUUUCGCUGAUCUAUCACCUAUGUUUACUACCACUACCGUUUUCAAUUGAUAAAUUUUCAAAAAGUUUCACAUAUAUUUAAAACAUAGUAAUUAUUUUGUAUCUUUUAACAAUAUUUUAUGACUUCAAACCGAUAUUAAUUUAAAAUUUUCAGCUAAUUUUUUUAGUUUUAAAACUCAUCUCAUUAGCUAAUUAAAAAUGUAUAAAAACUAAAAUACAUAUUGUGAAAUAAGAAAAAUCUAUAAAAACCAUAAUUGAUUUCUGUAAAAACAUAAGAAAAAUAUUAGUUAUACUAGUUUAGUUCCAGGUCCUACUGUAUAUGCUCAUAAUUUUGUGUGAUUUUAUACCUACCUAUACAUAUCUACUAGAGUGAAGCUAAGGAUAGGCUUCAAUUCUAAAAUUAGAGAGAUAUCUUAGGGUUGGAAGAUAUACAUAUUUUCUGGGAGACAAAUUAAAAACUUAGGACAUUAAAAGAAAAAUCAAGUUAUGUUUGCCAUCAAGUAAAAGAAACCCCUAACUCCUAAAAUACAAAAAAAGUUAACCUUAAUUCAUAUUGAAACGAUUUUACGGCCAUAUGCAUGUGUGGCUUAUGAAUUCAAUUAUCAGAAAAGAAAAAGAUAUUGAUAUCUACUACUAGUACAUUCUAUUCAAACUGAUGCGAUUCAUGUGUUAUUAACUUAUUAUAUAUACUUUUUUUUUGAUCAAAUACUUAUUAUAUAUACAAACAUA